CUGGAAAUCUGAAGCAGGAAGUGAGAUUGACUAGAAUUUGCUCUUUGGUUGGACUGCCGUAAAAACCGGAUGUGAGGUGGCUCGCAGGGAGCAAGCCAAAGAUAAACACGUAGACGAACACGGCCCAGGAUUUUCUCUAUAACUUGGAGGCGUUCAUGAUGGGCUUGAAAUGGACUAGCUGGUAACAACAAACAUUUUCCACUAGUUUAGGGGUUGCUGGUUUAUCCACCAAGGCCAAGUCUUCCUCGGGCGUCGUAUCGAACCUAAAGUCCAAAAUGGUACGAGCCGUCUUAGUAACUGCCACCAGUCUGGCGUUGACUGGAGCUGUAGUGGCUCACGCUUAUUUACUCAAACACCAGUUUUACCCGACUGUGGUCUACCUCACGAAGAGCAGCCCCAGCAUGGCGGUGUUAUACAUUCAGGCGUUUGUUCUGGUGUUUCUGCUUGGAAAAUUCAUGAGGAAAGUCUUUUUUGGACAGCUGAGAGCUGCAGAGAUGGAGCAUCUCAUCGAGCGCUCAUGGUAUGCAGUGACAGAGACGUGCCUGGCUUUCACUGUAUUCAGAGAUGACUUCUCACCACGUUUUGUUGCCCUCUUCACCCUCCUGCUCUUCCUGAAGUGCUUCCACUGGCUGGCUGAGGAUCGAGUGGAUUUUAUGGAACGGAGUCCAAACAUAUCUUGGCUUUUUCACCUGAGAGUAUUAUCUCUCAUGGGACUGCUGGGUGUCAUGGACUUCUUGUUCGUCAAUCAUGCCUGCCACAGCAUCAUCACUCGUGGAGCGUCAGUUCAGCUCGUCUUUGGCUUCGAGUAUGCCAUCCUGCUGACCAUGGUGCUCACAACCUUCAUCAAGUACAUUCUGCACACGGUUGACCUGCAGAGCGAGAACCCAUGGGACAACAAGGCCGUCUACAUGCUCUACACGGAGCUCUUCACAGGCUUCAUCAAAGUGCUGCUCUACGUUGCUUUCAUGACCAUCAUGAUAAAGGUGCACACCUUCCCCCUGUUUGCCAUCCGGCCCAUGUAUUUGGCCAUGAGGCAGUUUAAGAAAGCUGUAACUGAUGCAAUCAUGUCCAGAAGAGCCAUCCGGAACAUGAACACACUAUAUCCUGAUGCGACCCCUGAAGAUCUGCAGGCCUCCGACAACGUUUGCAUCAUCUGCCGAGAGGAGAUGGUCACCGGCGCCAAGAAACUACCGUGCAAUCACAUUUUCCACUCCAGUUGCCUGCGCUCUUGGUUCCAGAGACAGCAGACCUGUCCUACGUGUCGCAUGGACGUCCUCAGAGCCACCAACAACAAUCAAACGCAGGCCCCAGCUCAGGCUCCGCCCCCUGCGCCAGCAGCCCCGGUUAAUGCUCCUGCAGCUCCGCCCCCCAAUGUCCCUCCAGGCAUGCUGCCGGGCUUCCCUCCUGGUGUCUUCCCUUUCUGGGGUCCUUUCCCUCCUGUGCCCCCACCUGCUGCUGCAGCUGCAGCUCCUGGAGGCGCCGAUGCCCCACCGAGCAGCUCGGAAGCAUCACAAAGUGCAGGCAGCAGCCAGCCCACAUCCUCGUCUCCUGCAGACGCCUCUCCUCCUGCAGCAGCAGCUGCUCCAGGAUCAGCGUUCCCAGGCUUCCCCUUCUCCUUCCCUCCUCCUCCAUUCCCCAGCGCUCCUUGGCUGCCCAUGCCUCCUCCACCUCCUUUCGUGUCAUCCAUGCCUCCUCCGCCUCCUUCUUUGUCCCGCCUGUCGGAGGAAGAGCUGAGGGAGUUGGAGGCUGAGGGGCGGCGAGGUCUGGAGGCCAGGCUGCAGUGUCUCCAGAACAUCCACACCCUGCUGGACGCCGCCAUGCUCAACAUCCACCACUACCUCAGCACCGUGACCACGCUCACUCCGCCUCGGGCUGAGAGCAGCUCUGCUGACGCCACGAACCGCCCAGAGGCUCCUGCCGCCUCCAGCAGCUCUGAGAAGAGCUCAUCCACAUCCGAUCAAGCGAGCGCCGCCACAGUUUCCUCUCUCCCCGCCGACUCCACCUCCUCUGCUCUGGACACUGAAAGAAAAGAAAACCUGGACGAAGGAGAGGUGGAGGACGAGGACGGAGAACCAAACGCAGCCGAGCUGAGGAGGCGCCGCUUACGCAAGCUGGAGACGGCCCCCUCCUCAUCGUCGCCCUCAGACAACUGAUCCGCGGGUUUGGACUCAGGCGUGCCGAUCAGGACCAGCAGGAACUCUUGAGUCGACUUGCGGCCGCUCGGGUCCUUCGUUGCCUCUCUUCCUCUCUUGCCUUCCAGAGGCUCAGGUUUCUAAAGGUGUGGAUUUGGACUCGGGCUGUCGGGAGAUGUUUUUGGACUGUUUCUGCGUCGGGCAGCCGCUGACGGACGGGACAAACCCCCUUCCAGUCAUGGAGGAUAUUUGUCUGUUAGAAAAGUCCCAGGUUUGGCGUAAAGCAGUUUUAACUGGAGGUUCCUGGCUUUCAGCUGAAGAAUUGUUGUAAAUAAUGUCGUUUUUCAGAUCAAGUAGAGGAAAAGGUUAGGAAAUGUCAACCAAAAAGAGUUUAAGUCUUUGUUUUUCUCUUUGGGAGUCUCUUCUUUUUUUUUAACAAAAAUGCACAUUAACAUACUGUGACUAUAAAUCUAUGGAGGACCAAAGGUGACAAAAUAAAUGAAUAAAGCAUUAAAUGUGUCAUUAAAUUACUAACAUUAGAAUUAAAUAAAUUAUUUGAUUAAAAAUACAUGUUAAUUUCAUGUAAGAAAUGCAUUUUUCAAUAUUUCAUGGUCUUAAAUUUAUGUUCAGUUUAUCAAACUCACGUGUCAAAGUCCAGUGGGCCGGACCUAGCACCUGAUUGGUAGACUUCAUAAAAGCAGAAUUUUCUUGUUAGCCCCGCCCACUGGCCUUAGGUGAGUUCUAACAUGGAAUUUAUUGGUAUUUUUAAUCGAUUAAUGACUUAUUUAUUUAUUUUUAUUCCAAUUUUUAUGAUUUCCUGACACAUUUAAGUAAUUAAUGUUAAUUUAAUUCCUUUGAUCUUCCAUGUAAUUCAAGUCCAUGCAUGCAUCUUAAAUUGUUUCAAUCACAUCUUUCUUACAUAUUAAUCUUUUCAGCUUUUUUGCCAUUUUUGUGUCUUGUUUUUCCCCUUCAACUCGCACAGGAAUGGAAAUCCCUGUUUUCUGUUCAUCCAUGUUUCAUUGAAGGUGCAGCAGCUCAACUGCUGUGUAGUUUUUUUUUGUAGAUAUUUGUUGUAGAAAUAAGAUGUUUUGAAAGUUUUUUGUUUGUUUUUUUACUUGAUCUGGAACAAAUGGCAUUAAUUAAAACAAUUUUCAAUGUUUUUUUCCCCAUUUUAAUAAAGCCAGACUUUCCAGCUGUUACAAAUUCUUCUUCAUUCUCCUCUUUAUGUUCAAAGUAGCCGCUCCAUAUUUCGUCAGGUUUGUUGCACCUUUCUCUUAAAUUUGGACUUCCUGCAAUAAUUCGUGGUGCAGAUGUUGAUCGGUUUGUCGUUGGGAAAGAAACUGCGUCUUUUUGUUUAGAAAGCGAUUCCACGCAGCAACAAGAUCUGAUUUAAUGCGCUCCUGCUUUUUUCUCGACAUGCAAUGUGUAAAUAUUGUAUAAAGAAUUUUAAUAGGAUCUUCUGUACAUAAUGCAGAAUAAAGAGAAUGUUAGUGGAA